CUCCCAAGUGAGCAGCAGCAGCUGCCAUUGGAUGCUGAUGAAAAGGAACAAUUAAAGAUUGUGAGUUGGGAGGAAUAUUCCACUCUGCAGGAGCCAUGGACAUUCCCAUCGGGUGAUCCGGAGCGCUGCUGUCGCCUCCCAGCCUUCCCAUCCAUGGAGAGCAUUCCUUGCUGGUGUUGCAGUGAUGGGGACAGCACUGGGCAGCAGUGCCAGGUGUCCCAAGGAUCAGUAGCGUGGAUUUGGCUGUGAACAAAGGUUGGAAAACUUUUGGAUUAUGAAAUCACCCAUCCAGCCUUUGCCUGUGCUGCCAUUGGGAUGUGGAGCAUCGAGAGGAACUCUGUGGAUUAAGGAAAAUCCGGGGCAUAGUGGAAGACUGCUGAAGAGGAGGAGCAUCCAGAGCCUUCCCUUCUCACCAGCAGGACAAAGAAAAUACUGGGAAUGAACUGCUGGCAGAAGGAAUGGUGUGAGGCUGAAGCCCUCGGGGUUGUUGAGCACUGGUGCCCCUUUCAGUGUGGGCAGAGGCUGUUUGAGCAGGAUGGCCUCACCUUACAGAGGGUUUUGGUCCAAGCCACAGGCUCCGCUCCCAAAGGGGCGCAGAUGCAGCAAAUCUCCGUUCCCAGAGUCCAGCAGGUUCCACAACAGGUGCAGUCUGUGCAGCACGUUUACCCAGCCCAGGUGCAGUAUGUGGAAGGAGGAGAAGCUGUUUAUACCAAUGGAACCAUACGAGCCGCCUACUCCUACAGCAGCGAGGCGCAGAUUUACGCUCCCGCCAGCGCCGCGCCCUAUUUCGAAGCGCAGGGAGGAGGUGGAGCUCAGGUGACUACAGCGGCAUCCUCUCCUACAGCCAUUCCCUCUCACAACAUGGUGGGCAUCACCAUGGACAUUGGGGGAAGUCAGAUCCUCUCCGGCUCGGGAGCCUAUCUCAUUCAUGGGGGGCUGGAGAACUCUAGACAUUCUCUGUCACACACCUCACGCUCCUCUCCAGCAACGCUUGAAAUGGCGAUUGAAAACCUACAAAAAAAUGAAGGGAUUACAUCACACAAAAGCAGUUUGCUCAACAGCCAUCUGCAGUGGCUGCUGGAUAACUACGAGACAGCGGAGGGUGUGAGCCUCCCCAGGAGCUCCCUGUACAACCAUUACCUGCGGCACUGCCAGGAGCACAAACUGGACCCCGUCAACGCCGCCUCCUUCGGGAAACUCAUCCGCUCCGUCUUCAUGGGGCUGAGGACUCGGCGCCUGGGCACCAGGGGGAAUUCCAAAUAUCACUACUACGGGAUCCGCCUGAAGCCGGAGUCUCCGCUGAACCGCCUGCAGGAGGACACCCAGUACAUGGCCAUGAGGCAGCAGCCCAUCCACCAGAAGCAAAGGUACAGAGCAGCCCAGAAGAUGGAUGGGAUGGCAGAGAGUGCCUCCAACAGCAACCCCCACACCACACCUGAGCAGUCAGUGGCUGCUCAGAGCCAGCACCAUCAGCAGUUCAUAGAUGUAACCCAUGUCUUUCCCGAGUUCCCAGCCCCUGAUCUUGGUAAUGUCCUCUUACAAGAAGGUUUCACCUUGAACGACGUGAAAACUCUGCAGAUUCUCUACAGGAGACACUGCGAGGCCACUUUGGAUGUUGUGAUGAACCUCCAGUUUCACUACAUCGAGAAGCUGUGGCAAUCCUUCUGGAGUCCCAAGGCACCCCCUAGUGAUGGCCCCACUGCUCUGCCUUCCAGUGAAGAGGAGCCCGAAGGGACCCUCCCAAAGGACAAACUGAUCACUCUGUGCAAGUAUGAGCCCAUCCUCAAGUGGAUGAGGAGCUGUGACCACAUCCUGUACCAGGCCCUGGUGGAGAUCCUCAUCCCUGACGUGCUCAGGCCAGUGCCCAGCACGCUGACACAGGCAAUCCGGAAUUUUGCCAAGAGUUUGGAAGGAUGGCUGAUGAAUGCCAUGAGUGAAUUCCCCCCGCAGGUCGUGCAGACCAAGGUGGGGGUGGUGAGUGCCUUCGCCCAGACCCUGCGCAGGUACACGUCCCUCAACCACCUGGCGCAGGCGGCGCGCGCCGUGCUGCAGAACACGUCCCAGAUCAACCAGAUGCUCAGCGACCUCAACCGCGUGGACUUCGCCAACGUGCAGGAGCAGGCCUCGUGGGUGUGCCAGUGCGAGGAGGGCAUGGUGCAGAAGCUGGAGCAGGAUUUCAAGCUGACUCUGCAGCAGCAGAGCUCUCUGGAUCAGUGGGCCAGCUGGCUGGAUAAUGUGGUGACUCAAGUGCUGAAGCAUCACGAGGGCAGCCCCAGCUUCCCCAAGGCAGCCCGGCAGUUCCUGUUGAAGUGGUCCUUCUAUAGCUCCAUGGUGAUCCGUGACCUCACCCUGCGCAGCGCUGCCAGCUUUGGCUCCUUCCACCUGAUCCGCCUGCUCUACGACGAGUACAUGUUCUACCUGGUGGAGCAUCGUGUGGCCCAGGCAACAGGGGAGACCCCAAUUGCUGUCAUGGGAGAGUUUGGUGACCUUGCAUCCCUGUCCCCGACACUGCUGGACAAAGAUGACAUCGGCGAGCUGGGCACUGAGGUGGACCCGGAGCGGGCGCUGGGGGAGCCGCUGGUGAAACGGGAGCGCAGCGAGCCCGGCCACUCCCUGCAGGAGAUCUGACACCGGGGCUGGGCUGCUCCCAGCUGCACAGAGCCAUCCGGAGCCAGGGUUGGUGCCCCAAGCCUGGGCCUGCCCGGAUCUGCGUUAUUAUAGUGCCUCUUAGUUUCUCUUUAUGUUUACUUGUGUUUGAGGAUGGGCUCCGGGCUGAGCCGGGGCAGGCGCUGGGACAGGGCGGGUUUGGCCUCCAGUGUCCCUCCAGUGUGGAGGGAGAAGCUCCAGAGUCUGCUCCCAAGGGAUAGAAGCCUCUGUGGCCAACAGCCCAUGGGAUGUGCCUGGCUGGGAGAAGCUGUCCUCGCUCUCCAGCCGGAGCGAGGCGCACAGAUGAGGCUUUCUCUGUCAGGGAAGGUGCUUUGGGUUCCUUCCCCGCUUCUCAGACUUCACUGUGAUACAGACUUGAACCAAUCAGUGCCCAAGAAGAAGGAAAAAUACCUGGCCCUUCUCCUGCAGCCUUUCCAGACAAGCUGUCCUGGCUCUGGCUUUGCCAAAUCUCUUGUACCAGGGAGCACAGGACAGUCGGUGUCUCUUGUCCCCACCUGGGGAGAGGCUCCAGGCUGCACAUCCCGGCGGACACGGGCGUGCUCUGGGACUAUGGGAUGAGCCUUCCCACCUGCUUCCACGUCUCCCCAGCUUGGCACUUCACCCCAACGCUCCCAGGAUGCCAACUCAAGAUACCAAAGGACUCCGAGGCAGUGGCAGCUGCAUGCAGAGCGUGUUCCUUGCCCUGUGCCACGAUGCCUGUGGGCAAUCCUGUGGCAAUCCUGUGGGCAGUCCUGUGGCAAUCCCAUGGCAAUCCUGUGGCAAUCCCGUGGCAAUCCCAUGGCAAUCCCGUGGCCAUCUGCAUCCUCUAUGGUGCCCAGGCAGAGGGGAACUGGUCCCACAUCCUGGGGUUUGUGAAAUUGCCACUCCAUGUCCUUCUCUGACCUUCAAGGAGGGUCCGGAGCAGGGGCGAGGGUGUGCGACCGCAGUGCCUUAGGGUGGGCCUUGUUCCCAUUUCCCCCGCUCCGGGUGGGCCAGCACAGCUCAGACUGACCCAGCACGGCUCAGACUGACCCAGCAGCACAUCCCAGGUGGGGAGGGGCUGUCACAGACCCCAGGGGGGCUCAGCACUCCAGUGGCAUUUCUCUCUCUGGAUCCCUUUGCCUUUUCCUGCAGCGACAGCGCAGGGGUGGCUCCCGUGGGGCUGAGCUGGGAGAGCUCAGCAGGGUUUAUCCCCCUUUCCCGUGUCCUAUGGGGUCUGUGCUGACAUGGAUUACCCAGGGAUGCUGUGGACUACACUGGGGUGCUGUGGGCUGCAGGGCAGAGGAGGCGGGGGAAAUCUGUCAUCAAACUAAACCGCAUAAACAAAGCCCUGGGGCAAAUCUUUCUGUGAAUAAAGGCCGUGUCAUAAAUA